AUGGCAGCUACGACUGAUUUCAUUAGCGAAAUUAACAACAAGUCAAUGUAUUGGAAAUUAAAAAUUCGUAUUGUCAGGCUUUGGGAAAACACGGAUCGUGAUCGACCAGAUUGUCCUUUUUCUAUCGAGGUUAUUCUGAUGGAUGAAAAGGGCGAUCACAUUCACGCGACCCUUGGCAGAUCUCUAUUCCCAAAUUUCAGAGAAAGUAUUAAGGAAAUGGGAUUGUACUUUAUUAAGAAUUUUGUGAUCAAGCCAUAUUUGAAUGAGUCCAAUGACAAGCCUAUUGUCGUUGUCAUGCAGUUGAUUAGAUCACAUCGAUUCAGAGACCAAAUUUCGGUGAAGAACACUUGGCAUACUUCCAAGCUUUAUAUCAAUUCAAGUCUUCCUCAAGUUGAUGAAUUUUCAUCACGAAUUAAGUUUGUUCUUGGAGAAAGCUCCCAACGACUUACACAGAUUUCUUCACAAAGGAAUCAAUCUAUUGCUACUGAGUUGGCAUCAGGAAGUGUUACAGUACAUGAGAUUGAGAAGUUGAUUGACUAUAGGCAUAAAGAGAAUUAUUAUAUUGUGGCAAAGAUAAUUCAUCUUGAAAUAGACCAUGGAUGGUCUUUUUUAGCAUGCAAACAAUGCGCAAAAGGUGUUGAUGAAGUGGGGGACAAAUUAUACUGUAGACAAUGUGGUUUUGUUGAAUCAGUCAUCCGUAGAUAUGGCCAAAAUUCAAAUUUCUCUAUAUAUGUCUCAUACAAACUCAAUAAUCUAACAAAAUUAACUAUUCAAAGGUACAAACUAAAAGUUAGAGUUUUGGAUGAUACUGGCACAAUUUCUGUGAUGUUGUGGGAUGGGGUAGCAACAAAGAUGAUUGGAAAAUCUGCUGCUGAUUUAUUUGAGACUACUGGUGCUGCAAAUAAGUCUGCAUAUCCUAUGGAGUUGGACAAUAUUGUGGACAAUACAUACAUGUUUAAAUUGGAAUUACAGAGCUCCAAUGGUGAAGGUCAAGAUGAAGUCUUUAAAGUUGUUACGUUUACUGAUGACGAAGAUAUUAUAGAAAAAUACAGGCCUCCACCACGUGGAGAGACAUUCAAGGAUUCAGAUUUCAAUGAAAACCAAGUCAGUCUUGACGAUCGUGAAUUCAUGGUGCCUAACAAGAUAAAGAAAAUUGAUGCCGUAACAGUUGAUGAAGAAGAUCCUAACUCACAGUUGUCAGGAAAUAAGAUCAAGAGAGUCUUUAAGAAGAAGAAGACAACCUAA